UCGAUUAUUGCAUUUCAAAACAUUAUAUUGGCUAGCCCCCUAUGUGACCCCAACCUUCUGUUGGAAUGGGGUCUCAUAAGAAAUGGCAGCCAUGAGGAUUCCGUCACACAACUCUUUAACCUGCUUUCCCCCCCGAAGUCUGCACUCCAGCCGGUGGGGUUGGAAACUACCUGCGUAUGUUUAGAGGUUCUUUAUACAAAAGGUAUCCAUCUCUAUGGCGGAGACUGGCUUCCGUGGAGGAGAGGAAGAAAAUCGUGGCUUCUUCACAUGCCACUAGCGUUACUUUACUGAAAGCAUCAGAAUGUGAAGAGAUCUUUGAGGGAAACGAUGAGAAGUACAAGGCAGUUUCCAUCAGCACUGAACCACCAGCUUACAUCAGGGAGCAGAAGGCCAAGAGAAGCAGUCAGUGGGUCCCCACUCUGCCCAACAGCUCCCACCACCUGGAUGCUGUGCCGUGCUCCACCACCAUUAACCGCAACCGUAUCGGCCGGGACAAAAAGAGGACAUUUCCCCUGUGUUUUGAUGAUCACGACCCUGCAGUGAUCCAUGAGAAUGCAUCCCAGGUUGAAGUGCUGGUCCCCAUCCGAUUAGACAUGGAAAUAGAUGGACAGAAGCUUCGAGAUGCCUUCACGUGGAACAUGAAUGAGAAACUGAUGACCCCAGAGAUGUUUGCUGAGAUUUUGUGCGAUGACCUAGACCUAAAUCCUCUGGCUUUUGUCCCAGCAAUUGCCUCUGCCAUUCGACAACAGAUUGAGUCCUACCCCACUGACAGCAUAUUAGAUGAACAGACAGACCAGAGAGUCAUCAUCAAGCUUAACAUCCAUGUUGGUAACAUCUCUUUGGUUGACCAGUUUGAAUGGGACAUGACAGAGAGGAAAAACUCUCCAGAAACAUUUGCGCUGAAGCUUUGCUCUGAGCUGGGUCUCGGGGGAGAGUUUGUCACUACUAUCGCCUACAGCAUUCGUGGCCAGCUCAGUUGGCACCAGAGGACAUAUGCCUUCAGUGAGAACCCACUCCCAACAGUAGAGAUCGCCAUCCGCAACACAGGUGAUGCAGAUCAGUGGUGCCCCCUUCUAGAAACCCUGACAGAUGCUGAAAUGGAGAAGAAGAUCCGAGACCAAGAUAGGAAUACAAGGCGUAUGAGACGGCUGGCCAACACUGCUCCUUCCUGGUAGAACGAGACCUUCAGCUGCUUAAGGGUAUCUGUAAGCUGUUGGUGAUGGUGCCAUUGAAGAUUCCUGUUUCAGAGAAAACAGCCACAACUAUACACAGAUACACAGUGAAAGACACAGUCACACAUCUGACCUUCAACACAAACACCCAGGUCAUCUGCAAAGAGCUCAUUAUGUAUCAGGACAUUUCUAUAGGCAUGAGUGUCUUUAUGCAUGCUCAAUAAUCCAGGUAAGAAAAUCAAAGAAGGUUGAAUCAGUUCUUCUGGACACAACGUGUAUUGAGAGAAACAUUUCAUCACUCAUCUAAGUGCGCUGACACACUAGCCCGACGGCCGACCGUUGGUCAAUGUCGGGCCGUCGGUGAGCGUCUGUGACCCCUAGUUUUUGCAGUGUGUCCUGCACCGUCGCCACUAGUCGGACCCCUGUCGGCAGCUUUCGGCCGAUUGAGCAUGUUGAAUCGGCGGAGCCCGUCGGUGAGAGUUCAGUCUGAUUGGCUGUUCAGCUUAGCCAAUCAGUGCAGAACGUAUGUACAUGCUAGUUGGCUGUCGGCAGUAGUCUUUGCGGUGUGUUCAAGUGCUACUUUUUGGCCCAGACGGUAGGCGACGUGAGGUGACACAACAGUCGGCCUUCAUCGCCACUAGUCGGUUUGGUGUGUCUGGGCCCUAAGGGACCUCUUCAGUCUAAACUGACUGCGGUGUCCCCACCCUUAUGAACAAUACAGUGGCAUAACGACCGAAACCAAUGAUCAGUUUCAUAUGCAAAUAUGGGUAUGACCAUUAACUAGAGUGACAAUGGCCAUGUGUACUAUUCAUAGAGGAUUUGGGAAUGUUUGCAACCACAGCAUUGUAAGGUGGUGACAGAUGUACUCUUAGCCCCCCCCCCCUCCCCAGUUCAGGGAUGGUCGUUCCCUCUUCACAUAAAUGGGCUCUUUGACUCCCCGUUCAAACCAGCUUUCCUCCUUAUCAAGGAUUUGCACAUCCUCAUCCUUGAAAGAGUGGCCACUGGCCUGUAGAUGGUGUAGACUGUGGACUCCUGGUCUGUAGAUGGUGUAGACUGUGGAGUCCUGGCCUGUAGAUGGUGUAGACUGUGGACUCCUGGUCUGUAGAUGGUGUAGACUGUGGAGUCCUGCUCUGACGUGUUAGCUCUCCUGUGUUGUGUCAUCCUCUUGGCCAGCGUCUUUUUAUUUUCCCCAAUGUACAAGUCACGGCAAUCCUCCUGGCACUUAACAGCUACACUAUAUUGCUCUGUUUGUGCCGGGGGACCCGGUCCUUGGGGUGGACCAAUUUCAGGCGAAGCAUGUUUUGGGUUUAUGCAACUGUAUUGUCUAUAAGGGUGGGGAUACCUGCAGUCAGUUUAGACGGAAGAGGUCACUUAGAUGAGUGAUGAAAGGUUUUUGUCAACAUUGUCUCCAGAUGAACUGAUUCAACUUUCUUUGAUUGUAGUCAUGAGGUUAUCCUAGAGAGGGUUGUACUCAUGAUCUGGCCAACCUUGGAGAUUUGACAAAGCAAAGCUAAAUUAUGUAGUCAUGGUCGCCAUUACAUUAUGGAGAAAAUAAUAAAUUAAGAAAAAAAAACAUCGUCUCUUCCACAUUUUUUAAGUCCUUGUAGAAAGGGUGAGUUUGGUCAUGUAAUCAAGGGCAUUUUUUCAGUUUGAUGAUCAACUUCUGCUCGUCCAUAUUAGCAAAUAAAUAUUUCUCUCCCUGUCCCCACCGGUUACCUCCCGCUGUGUUAUGUCUUUGCGGUAUUUCAUUAUG